CCCCUCAGUCCCACCCGUACCACAGCUACUUCCGGUGUCUCCUCCGCGCCUCCCCAUGUCACAGGCGCCGUGGUACCGUCCCCCUGCGGCUGCGCAGAGGCGGGACGCCGGCCGCGCUUACCCAGAACCGCGCACGCAGGAAGAGGCGGGUCCUGGAGGGAGGACCCGACCGGGAACUUCCAGGACCCCGUGUAGGUGUCCGAGGCGUGCGCCUGCUCGAAAACAAAGCGGGACACGCCGUAAAAGCCAAGCCAGAUUUUAGAUAAAUCACACUAUUUGACAAUAACUGAUACUUGUAUCUGCGUGUAAGACUCUCUGGGGUGAAGUUUUUAAAAGGAACCCGACGAGAUCCAUCAGGCACUGGCGCGGACGGCCACAGGCUCAGGGUCAAGAGAGGAAUGCGGAACGGGAUAACGGAGUUGCAGCCCGGAUCGGGAACGGUCACGCCCACCUGUUGGAAGAGGCCGGACAGAAAGUGCGGGGAGACAGGCAGGCGUGGGAAGGCGGCGGCGUGAACAGAGCCGGCUCGCGGCGAGGAAGAGCAUGAGUGGAGCUGAACCCAGGAUGGAGGUCUGCCCUUAUUGUAAGAAGCCGUUUAAGCGAUUAAAAUCCCACUUGCCGCACUGUAAAAUGAUAGGACCAUCCAUAUCUGCUGACCAAAAAGUUUCUCAGUCCAAGCCGGCUGCACUUGCUAAAAAAGAGAGGAGGCCUCCCAGAGACUUAGCCAGAGCUGAAGGGAAGGAGCCUGAGAUGGAAGAUUCGAAAAGAACUGUGAAAGUGGGAACUGGCCGAGCAUCGUGGGCAGCUGCAGCCUCUCUGCGUCCAGAGGGUGCCUUGGAAAGCGUGCGUACAACAAAAGCAGAGGGAGAAACCAAAGAUCAAAAUCAGCUCUCCUUCCAAGCACUCAGACACGCCAAGCCAGAAGCGACUCUGCAGAGAGUCACAACCCCUCAGUCUCCUGCGUCAGAUGCCACCUCUCCUAAGAGAGAACUCACCCGAGAUGUGUCUGAGUCCAAGAGAAGUCCAUGUUGUCCCUCAGAGACAGAAGCACCUUCACUGGUCAGUUCAGUGGAACCUUUUCUUACUAAUCAAGAUGGAAAAUAUUCAUCAAUUCAGCCUCAUGCUAAACCAGCCAUUUCUGUCAGGCUCAAAUUAGACACAGUUGAUCCCCAAAGACCGAAGCUUCGGGUAAAAUUAUUAAAUAGGCCUGUUGGUGAUUGUCAUUCUCCAAAGAACGGCAGCCAUGGGGUUGAGAGAGUAGCACCCUCAGUGUCAAGCAGGGAGAAAGGUUCCCAAGAUGGGGGCCACCUCUCGGGAGUGUCUCCCCACCCUGGUAAUACCGAGACUCAGAAGUCAGAACCACUCUUCUCGGGCCUUCACGCUGACCUGCUGGGUAAAGCACAGCUCAGAGAGCAUCAGGAACUCGGCCUCGGAAUGGAGCCGAGCCAGAGCAAGGGAAAUACUGAGAACAGGAUGUCUGUCGCAGACGUACAGGAAGGGGCUGGCUUGGGCCAAGGUGGUAAGGACCCCAUUACAGCCACAAAGGCAGAGCCACAGGCCACCCGUGAACUUAAGAAUGUGUUCGUGCCACCACCAGGAGCUCGGAGUAAGCUUCUGUCUGUGCCAGGGUCAGGGGAUCAGAGCCUCACCUCUCUGCCUGUGACGUCUACUCCAGAAGAGAAAGCUCAGCUCUGGGGCCAGAGUCCCGUCCCUGCCAUAACGUGCUCAGUGGGGAGUGAAGGGGCUGUUCUGGAACCCACUACGUCCUGCCAGCCCCACACAGCCCAGCCAGGGCACUGCCUAAUGUCAUCCUCAGCUCAGUAUCCUGUUCCUAACAACUUGGUCAGUCAUGUUGCCGCUGCUGCCUCAGAGGCUCCUCUCAGGUGCCUGGGACUGGAGUGGUUUCCAGAACUCUAUCCUGCGUACGUUGGACUAGGGGUGCUGCCAGGGAGGCCCCAGUCUUGGAGCUUAGCAGCUCAGAGCCCUCCUUUUGCCAUUCUGCAAGGCAGGAGCGUCUCGAAAGUUCCUUGGUGGGGAAGAAGUUCGGCUGAUAGCAGGAGUCUGGAACCCCUGGCGCUUACAACUUCCAGCCUCCCUCUAAUGAGACUCUUGGGAGCUGUGCAUAAAGGCUGGGUGCGGUGCAACACCACCAUAAAGAAGAGUGGCGUCGGUGGCCUCACGAUGCUCUUUGCUGGCUACUUUAUCCUGUGCUGUAGCUGGAGCUUCAAGCAUCUGAAGCUUCAGCGCUGGCGUAAGUAAAGGCGAACGUGUCCGGGAGCCACAAAGAGAGUGACAGACGACUGCAGAGCCGAAGAAACACUUUGUUUGUACCAGGUCAGGGACGGUGCAAAUAAUAAAGCUGCUGAAAUCAG